GUAUACGCCGUUUUAAGCUUUGUCAUUACCUGGUAUAUCCUGAACCUCACCUUCCCUCUGUCUCCGGACUCUUUGCGAACCGACUAUAAGGUAUCCAGCAACCGCCCUUUCUACUUCUGACACGACAACCACUCGCCCGUAGAAGCACGCGAUAUUAUCUAUCUCAUAUUAUCAUCCAAUAUCCCCCACGGACUGCAGUGUCCUCGCAUCUUGGCGACUUCAGCUCAUCAUGUCGGCGGCCCAACCGCGGACCAAGUCCCCCGAGGACAUUGGGGAAUCCAAAUGCGCGAUCGAUGACACCGUGUACGAGGACGAGGCCAUCGUGGAAGGUCGGAGGACAAAGUCUGUCGAACAUAAGCGGAAACAGCAUGAUCCGACUAUACUACGUGUCCAAGAAACCGUUCCCUUCCACUUCAGUCCCAUAUUCCUGCCACUUACCCCCUCGAACGUGGACUCUUGUGUGGCGUUAGAGAAUGCCGCUUUCAGAAAUCCGGACCACCGCUGUACCCCAGAGAAGUUUGAAUACCGCCUCACCACCGGGUCAGACAUUUGUUUCGGCCUUUUUUGCAGUGUGAAACCGGCGGAAGCUCGAGCCUUCGGGCUGGAAACCAUCGAGUUCGCGAAACCCGUCGAGACGAACCGCGAGGAUGGCGAAGUCUUUGUCCUAUGUGCCCAUGUCAUCUCAACCAUGGGCAAAGGCCCGGUCGUCACGGAUAACGAUAUGAAGUAUCCCACCAAUUGGCGUGAUGCCUCCGCUCCCAAGGAACUCGGAAAUCAGCUGGAUGGCAGGACGGUCUGCGUCCACUCCCUGGCCGUGUCGCCCAAGCUUCAGGGCACUGGUAUUGGGAAACUUGCCAUGGCAUCGUAUAUACAGAUCAUGAAUGAAUCCGGCGUGGCGGACCGCAUUGCCCUCCUUUGUCAAGAGCACUUGAUCGGAUACUACGAAGAACUUGGAUUCGAGAACCUGGGAGAAAGCAAGGCCACUUUUGGUGGAGGAGGAUGGUACGACAUGGUGAUGGAAUUGGAGGGACCGUCCUCGAAAGACUAGUAUGGCUUUGACAGGUCUGGCCUGAUUCGAACCCCGAGAGUUUACGUCUAGCCGGUUUGUGGUGGCGCUAUGGGGACUUUGACCUACAGCGAUUGAUUUUAUAUCCUCGUCUGUAUUCUUAUUCACGAGACACCAAGGAGACUUGGCGAGUCCAGGUUGGUAUUUGGGGACAUUCUAUGACCCUGUUUUACAUCAGCGUGUUGGUAGAGGUUUUGUUUCUUUUACAAUAGGCGGGCUCUUUAGCCCAGACCACGAUG